AUGGCGGAAGCACGGCAUCAGGUGCCGACAACAGACCGCUCCGGCAGAUUAAAGUACGCCAACCCGCGGGAUCUCCCCAGCUUCCCGUCCCCCGGUCUACCACCAGACGGAGCCGCUGCCGGAGCUGCCGCGUCCUUAGGUUGGGCGAGCCAAAAAUCAAUUGAAGUCUGGAAACCCGAAAAGUCAACCUCUGCCUCUGCGGCUGCCAUGCUCGCAAAAGAUUACAAAAUGGCUCCCGCCUGGGAGCCCAGCUCGAGUUCAGCCGGCGCAAAGGCUGCGCUAUUGGCAUCAGCAUCGGCAAGGAAACAGACAACUACCAACAUGACACCACCUCAAUCCGCCCACGAAUCCUGGGGAAGCAGCGCUGCUAAUCAGGCUUUCAAACAAAGUCGCUCUGUUGGACAACCUGCCCACAUCACCUCAACCUCGACGAACGGCCUUGGCUCUCUUUCAGCGGCCCAAAGUGCCAUGCCAGGGACAAAAAGGACAAGACCACGGGCCAAGUCGACCCCCGUCCCCAAGGAGUCUUAUCCCGGAGAGUCUCAAGCAGCUGCCAACGCCCUGAGUGCCGCCACGGCAGCCCAUGGUCCUUCGAUGAAGCCAAAGUCCCCCACCAACGCUACCGGUUCUGUUCCUUACACGAACCUGCCCCGCAAGAUGUUCACCUCUUCUCCCGCCAUAGGCCCAGAAGCCGACGAGCAGAAGAGAGCCGACGUGCUGCAUGCCUCCGCCGUAGCCAUGGCUAAGAAAAUGUACAGCCACCAGCAAAAGAUGGUUGACCAAGCCCGUCAAGCCCAGCAGGAUUUAGGGGAGGCCGUCCCAGAUGACAAUCAGCCGAAGCCCUUUGUCAACCUUCAGGAAGCAGCGUAUAAGCUGGCUCAAGAGCGUCUAUCGAAACUGCAUGUGGAGCAUCAGCGCGACCGAGAAUACCAGGAAUACUACGGCAAUCGCACGCCAGCUCAGCCUCAUCGCAGGUUUACUAUGAAGGGCAAAUUGAGACGCCGUGCUUCUAGUGAUGGAGAUAUCAACGACGAUCGAGAACAGUCUGAGCGCAUUCGAAGAGAGAUGUCUAUCUUCUCCUCUAACUUAACAAAGGUCGACGAACAAAAGCGGGCGAAAGAUCGCGAGGCGCUACUGGCUGCUGCACAAAGGAAUGUCAGAGCCCGUCUCCAAGGCAUGGACGACAAGAUAUCGGCCGAAACUGGCAUGGUGUUACCGAGUUCCAAUAAUGACUGGGAAUCCAAGGCACACAUGGCUGCGCUGGCCCGACACGAGUCAACCAAUGCAAACAAGGGAAAGGUUGACAUAGGCGGUGGCAUGCUUAUGGAUCCCGCGGCUGUCGAGGAGAUUGCGACUAGGAGGGUGCAGCCGGUUCUUGAUGAGAUCAAUGAGAAAGCCGCCAUUGAGCGAGAGCGUCAAGAGCUCCUCAGAGCGGAGGCAGAGGCGAAGAAGAGGGACGAGGCGAAGCAAAAAGAUCGUGACAGAGAAAUCAAAGAGAUUAACCGCAAGAUCAUCGAGCAAGAAAAGCAAGAAGAGAAGGAGAGGAAGCACCGAGAGAAGCAAGAGCUCAAGGCUAGGAAGGAAGAAGAGAAGGCUGCAAGAGCUGAAGAGAAGCGCAAAUCGAAGGGCCCCGAGCCUCCGGGCGACUCGGCCAUCGCGUGCGACUCCAGUGAACCUUCGGCAACGAUCGAUGACCAUGAUGUCUCGGUUUCCCGCCGUGCAAACCAGAACAUCCCUAAUGUCAACACUCAGAGGGAAGCCUUCAACAGCGACAACCCCCGGUCGCCGAGCGAGAGCGGGUCGCCGACGAACAAGAUGAAGGAGUGGCUCAAGUCACGCUUCUCGCGGCCUCGGGGUCGCUCUUCAGCGGGUGAGAACGUUGAUGAACGCGGGUUCAUUGGCGGCGUGGCACUCACGCGAAUCGCCAACGAGAGCGCGACGAGCCUUGACGCAAGGUCAGCCAGCAUGAGAGAAGUUGCGAUCGCCGGCAAACCGGAAGCCGAUGCGCCCAGGUCACCGGCGGACGGUGAGAGCAGGACCCGGGGAUCGCGUGAUGUGAGUCCUGUCAGCUCAGACAGCGGAUCGGAGCGGUUUGUCGAGGCAAGGGAUGACAUCAAGGGGCCUGUUUCGCCGCCGAUACGGGACCCGAGCCUACACAAGAGUGUCAGCCCGACACGGGAUUCGCGGUUCCGUGAGAUCAUCGAAUAG